CGCGUUGCGCGCACAAAUAUGAAACAUUUCCUAAAACUCUCGUCUCUCGAACCAAGCGUCUACUGUAAGCGCGAGGCAGUCAAAGUUGUGUUUUUCCUCGCGCGCCGUGUCUGCUCGGAGCGCUCGUGCAGUAGGUGUCUGUAAGCGCGCACUGAUCCGGAGGAACGCUACUUCACCGUUCUGUCAAUAAAACACUCCAGGAGCCGAGAGAAACGCAUCGCAGGCUGAUCUGCGUGUUUAUUUAAUCCACAUUCUCCCUCCGUUAGCGAGCGCGUGUCGCGAGCGGGAUUGUUGAAGCAAGAGGGACACUUGGAGAGACUUUGUUCGCGUUUGCGCCACUGGACACCUGCGCGUCCGCUUCACCUCGUGCCAAAAUGUUGCACUGAACAACAGUAUCUUUUUCACGCGGAGUGGAUUUUUUUGGGACCCGAUCGUUCCGUGGGUCCGUGUGUGUGUGUGUGCGUGCGCGCGCGCGUGUGUGUAUGUGUGUGUUUCUGAAGAUCAGACACGCUCCUCCUGAUCGGGUGUUUUCUCAUUGCGAUCUGUUUCCAUGUUUUUAGGUUUAUGUGAUAUUUCUAAAAAAUGCAUCACCAUCAUCAUCAUCACCAUCAUCAUCAGAGAAUGGCCGCGUUAGGGACGGAUAAAGAGCUGAGCGAUCUGCUGGAUUUCAGCGCGAUGCGAAACAGCGAUUUGAAAAUGUUCCCCACACCAAUGAUGUUUUCCCCUCCUGUCAGCAGCGGGAAGAAUGGACCGACGUCUCUGGGAAGCGGACAUUUCUCUGGCUCAAAUCUGGAAGACAGAGCGAGUUCGUCUUGGGGAAAUGGAGUUCGUGCCACAAAGAACUAUGCUGACGGCUCUCAGUACAGUCACAUGGCCAGUCGGGACCUGGGGUCACAUGACAACAUCUCUCCGCCGUAUGCUAACCCCAGAUUAGCAGGUAAAACGGAGAGAGCAUCGUAUUCCUACGGACGGGACUCCAGCAUUCACGGCUGUCAGUCGGGGCUCAUGGGAGGCGAGGUGGGGAUGGUCAGUCCGGAGACGGUGUCUCCCACCAAACUGGGCUCACAGUAUUACCAGCAUUAUGCAGGAAACCCGCGCCGACGAGCCCUUCACAGCGACGCCAUGGAAGUCCAGACGAAGAAGGUUCGGAAAGUUCCCCCCGGGUUGCCCUCAUCAGUAUAUGCCCCUUCCGCCAGCACUGCCGAUUACAACCGGGACUCACCGGGUUACCCGUCCUCUAAAGCACCGGGCAGCAGCUUUCCCAGUUCCUUCUUUAUGCCAGACGGUCAUCACAGUACAGACCCAUGGAGCUCGUCCGGCAGUAUGAACCAGCCCGGAUACAACAGCAUGCUGGGAAACUCUACACACAGCGCUCAGAGCAGCAGCUACUGCGGCCUGCAUCCACACGACAGACUCAGUUACCCGUCGCACUCGUCGGCUGAGAUUAACCCCAGUCUUCCACCCAUGUCCAGUUUCCAUCGUAGCGGCGGGACGAACCACUACAGCGCGGCAUCCUGCUCCGCCACCACCAAUGGGACAGACAGCGUCAUGGCGAAUCGAGCGCCGAGCGGAGCGGCCAGCAGCUCACAGACGGGAGACGCAUUAGGAAAGGCUCUGGCUUCAGUGAGUGACCAGAUCUAUUCUCCCGAUCACACCAAUAACAGCUUCUCAUCCAACCCAUCCACUCCUGUGGGAUCUCCUCCCUCGCUCACAGCUGCCAGUUCAGCCGUCUGGUCCAGAAACGGUCAGGGAGCUUCGUCCCCGAGUUACGAGCCGCCGCUUCACUCGCUGCAGAGUCGUAUCGAGGACCGGUUGGAGCGGCUGGACGAUGCCAUCCAUGUGCUGCGCAGUCACGCGGUGGGAUCCACAGCGAUGCCCGGCGCUCACACAGACAUGCACGGACUGAUCACUCCGUCUCACUCUCACAACGGAGCCAUGGGCGGCCUGAGCGCCGGAUACAGCGGCGGACUGCUGCCCUCCAACAGACACUCGCUCAUGGUGGGCGGUCACCGCGAGGACGGCUUGAGGAGCGCUCACUCCAUCGUGGCCAAUCAGGUGUCAGCAUCACAGCUUCCUGUGCAGUCGGCCACUUCCCCCGACCUCAGCCAGUCCGAUCCGUACAGGGCGCUCUCCGGAGGACUGCAGGGUCAGAGCACCUCGUCCGUGAGCUCCGAGAUCAAAUCUGAAGACGAGGGAGACGAAAACCUGCAGGACGGCAAAUCUCUGGAGGGCAAGAAGGAGGACCUGGACGGCAAGGACCUGAAAGCUCUAGAGAGGUCAAGAUCUAGCAACAACGACGACGAGGAUCUGACCCCGGAGCAGAAGCUGGAGCGGGAGAAGGAGCGGCGCAUGGCUAAUAAUGCGCGGGAGCGUCUGCGCGUGCGCGACAUUAACGAAGCCUUCAAAGAGCUCGGCCGCAUGGUGCAGCUGCACCUGAAGAGCGACAAACCCCAGACCAAGCUGCUCAUCCUUCAUCAGGCCGUCGCCGUCAUCCUCAGCCUGGAGCAGCAGGUCCGAGAGCGCAAUCUCAACCCAAAGGCGGCGUGUCUGAAGAGGCGGGAAGAGGAGAAGGUGUCAUCAGACGGCGCUCCUCUCUCAUUGGCCGGCGGUCACCACAGCAUGGGCGAGGCGUCCAAUCCCAUGGGACAAAUGUAAAGAGCCACACUCCAUAUAUGGUCGAAGCUGCCAGAAUUCAUCAAAAUGAUGAGCGAUCACUUCCUUUGACAGCGUUAUUUCUGCUCCGACCGUCAGUCAAACAAUCAAUCGACCGACCGAACGAACGAACGAAUGAACUUCCAUCCAUCUGACCAACUCCUGCGUGUUCCCGUUCCUGACUGCGUCUGUGAGGAUUUAUCCUGUAAAUUAGGGAGUGGGGCCGGAUUCGUUGUGCAUAUCUUCCUCCAAGCAUUCCCUGUUGCAAAAGAAGACGUUUUCAUGUUUGAACACACACACACACACACACACAUACAAAAGAGCGACAGGCGAUUCUUCAAACAUAUCAUGAUGUUGUGGAGGUGUGGAGAGCAGCCGUCUGAUUUCGAAGGCAAUCCUGUCCACACUGUGGAACUUUAGUAGCUGUGCCUCGCGGAACUCCUCACGGAAAAACAGAAUUAGGAAAUUCCCAAUCAAUCGGACGAGAGGAGCUGUCAAUCAAACGACCCAGACGGGAAACGGCUGUAGAAUCUGACAAUACCCUUCAAACCUUUGCAAUAAUGUUGUUUCAGUUCCUGUGAAACCAGCAGAUCCCGACAGUUAAACGUUCAGAGGCCGUUCUGGAUUGGAACUGCUUUGGGCUCGUUUCGCGAACUUUUUGCGGAUCGCCUACGGAAGUCAUUUCUCUCCAUCUAUUCGUUUGUUUCUAGCCAUCGACUCUCCCGAAAGCCCUCCCCGGACCCCGAAGAUGCAAUUUUAACAUGUCGAAACUACAACCAAACGUGCCUUUUAGAGCUCAUAUCAUCACACAACUGGAGGAGAACAUUAUCUAGGAUGCAAGCGUAUAGGAAACGUUAGUUAUUAGGUCUAUGCAGUCAGGUUUUUUAAGACCUGGAGUUUAAAAAAAAAAAAAAAAAAAAAGUAAAAAGGUAAAAAAAGUAUUUUUUUGGAUAAACUGUAUUUAAUGUACUGUACGGCUAUAUGUAAUUAGAAGGUGUGUCCAGCCCCGUGUGGCCCCGCCCACAGCCCCGCCCACAUGUGGCCCCGCCCACCUGUCACCGUCGUUAUUGAGCAUUGUAUUAUAGAUAUCCGCUUUUACGAAUACAGGCUUGUUGUUGAGCCGCUGUAGUACAAAUGUGUGGUUGUACGUGUAAAAUGGCUUUUUCUCUUUUUUAUCUCUCUAUUCUUCGUCUGUACUGGUUUCUCUGUCAAAAAAAAUGGGAAAAAAUGGACGGGAGGCACUGAAAGUGGACACAAAUCUAUUAGAAAAUCGUUAUAUAUAAAUGUAGAAAUAUAUACAGUAUAUAAAGAGACGGAAAGGAGUUCACAUGGAGCGGUUUUUCAUUCUUUAAAGUCGAGCGGAGACGUCACCAAACGCCGUCUGCUCCGAGAGACGUGACUCUAUUUUUCAUAACGUCACCGCGAUCGUAACGAAGGCGAGCGAUGCUCUCGCGAAAACCGCUGACGAAGGGAAACACACACGGACAUUUGUAAAUUGUAUGCAACAAAUGCAAACGUACCAUUAUUUUGAAAUUGUGUAUGUAAAAGUUAUAUUUUUACAUGUAGGCUGUUGUUAUUCUGUGUUUAGAAAUGCGUUGUAUCAGUUCUUCUCUUUUGUUUUUUCAGAAAAAAUACUUCAUUGUGUGUUGAAACGUGUCACAUUGAAAAUGUAGUGAAAACAAAAGCAAAAAAAAAAAAGUAUGUUUAUAUUUGCGGGAACAUUUUUCUUUUCUAUAACGGUGGGUGGUGGGGGUCGGGAAUCAAAGCUAUACGAUUACUCUCUCAUCCUCUUUCAUCAUUACAUUGUCAUUUUUAAUUGAGUAUUUUUUGUGUAAAUAGACGCAGGUCGACGACCUGCCAUUGAUCAUGUGGCCUGGUGAGGACGUGAUUGAUUACGUUAACGUGUGUCAACAAUCAGACCCUAAUUUACAUUCUCACUUUUGUAAAGAGACAUUGCUGAAAAAAUCCAAACCACGACUUGGAUGUUUUGUGCAUUUGCCAUCGGUCUUCUUACGCAAAAUUUAGGCCUGAAUUUAAUAUAAGUUGCAUAUAAAAUUUGGACGACUUAGUUUUAAGAAAAUGAACUUAAUGUGGUGCAUAUUUCUCGUACAUAAAUGAGAGGAAACUACAGUAAAUGGUUUAUAACUUCAGUAAACCCAUUUUUUUCCAGUUUCACGUUUACGCCACUGGAAAAAAAAUUGUUAAUAAAAUAAAAUAAAGGAAAUUGCGACUUUCUGUCUUACAGUUCUGCAUUUUUUUUUUUCAAUUCUGAGAAAAAAAUCUUGCAUUUUUUAUUUUUUUUCUAAUUCUGUUAGUAUCUCACAAUUUUGCUUUUUUCUGAUUAUAUCUUGCAAUUGUUUUUCAAGUUUCAAGUAAAAAAUUUAGAAUUGCAAGAUAAACAGUAAACUCAGAAUAGUUUUUUUUUUUAGAUCUACUUUUAUAUCUUGCAAUUUGGACUUUAUAUAUCUCACAAUUCAGAUAUAUUUUCUCAAAAUUCUGCAUUUAUAUGAAACUUUUCCUGGCAAUUCAGACUUUGUUCAAGUUUUGUGUUUAUGUCACAAAAUUCCAAAAAUUUAGCUCAAAAUUCAGAAUUUUUCUCUUUUGUAUGUUGGUUUUCACAAUGGAUUAAAACAUAAAAAAAUUACGAUUUUUUUUACAGAAAUGUGGGGAAAAGUUGCAAGCUACAAAUAAAGAAAUUAGACUUUUUCUUGAAAAUCUGCUUCUGACAAUUUUCUCACAAUUCUGUGAUUAUAUCUCACAAUUCAAUAAUUUUUUUUCUGAAAUGUUGCAUUUCUAUCUCUAAAUUCUGAUACUUUUUCUCUGAAUUCUUUUUGUUUGUUUCCCACAUGGAAUAAAAAAAAUAUAAAAAGGUAAUUGUGACUUUUUAUCUCAGAAAAUAUCAAAAAAAAUCUGAAUUGUGUGAUAAAAAACGUUUAUCCCUGAAAUAAGCUUCCAUAUAAUCCUGCUUGUUCCACAGCUAUCCAUAUUUGAUAUAUUAACUAAAUGCAUUUUAUUGAUUAAAAUUAACUGGUUUUAAUCAAUGUGAAUAAAUGCCUUUUGAUUAUUUAUUGAUGCCAUUAUUUUUUGUACAGUAUGUUUUAAGUAUAGUUCGACUGACAGAACGGCAUCACAUCAUGUUUAUAUGUUAACGGUAAAACUCGUAAUCCAAAUUUUAUACAGCAUAAAUCAAAAAUUAAGGCCUAAAUGUGUUUUAUUUCUGUUUUUUUUUUUAAUGCAGAAUCGCAACAUGCACAAUGUCAUGGGUUUUCCUACUUGAUUUGCAGGUUCAAAGAUUGCCGAAAACACUCCAGCAAAAGCCUAGUAUUGAAAAGUGUGGUACAUCUGUACUUUUGCAUUGCUUCAGACAUGCUAGUGUUCUUGUCCUUCAGUAAAUUUUGAACAUCUGUAUUUUGCCAGUGCUAAAGAUGUUUGGUAAUUCUCUCCUUGUGCCACAUCAUGUUGUUGUAGCCAACUGAAUUACUAUGAUUGCAGUGGAAAAGAUGAUGUUUUCCUCUUGGUUGUUUAUAUGUACAUACUUGUUCUUGCUUUUAUGAACUGAUUUUUUUUAGUCCAAUGCAGAACUGAACUGUAAGUGAUCUUUUCCAUCCUCAGAAAGCAAACCUGGGCAGUGUCAUCUCUGUUUAUUUAAGUGCUCCUCACGUGGAGGAUUGUGAGAUAAAGAUUAUUUGACGCAAACAGCAUCGUACAACUGGUCUUUGCUGCUUUCUCAGUGCGUUUGUCCAAUUGAUGCGUUGUCUUUGUCACUUGAGUGUGGUUUCAAUAAAGAGAGAUGAUCUAGAAGCUCAAAA